AUGAGCCACCCGUUGUCCAUCCAUGAGGUGGAUGAAUGGCCCCUCCGCUCAAGUCGUCGAGAAAGCACUGUAUCAUCCUCCACGCAGUCCUCUGGUUCUCUCAGCUUCAUCUCCUCCCCUCCGUUCACUCCCUCCAUUACUCCUGCCUUCUCUCCAAGCUCACGACCGCGGGAAGGCUCUGUAAAUGAUGAGGUCGUCCGACUACCCCUCCAUCCAGCUGUGACAGUAUCAUUCAUUCGAAACAAAAAAUUAUUCAAACUCCGAUAUACCUUCAUCAAUAUCCGCAAAGAUUUCACAGGCGCCCUAAAAUGUUUGGAGCUGGGCGGGGGAGUCGGCCAGCAAAAUGCCUUUCUCCAUAGCUUCAACACAACACGACUUCCCGUACCACACCUAGAACAUCCAAAACUCCGAAAUGAAUCAUCUCUACGAAUCUCUUUUUUUGGCGAUCAGACUAUCCAAACAGGGACCACUGUGUUCGCGACCCAGCUAUCUUAUACAUUCGAAGAAUGGGAAGAUUGUGUGCAAUUCCAAGAGCUGGUCCUCGCCUCCAAGCUGGUCUUCAUCGCAGGCAUCGCAGAAGCCAAAUCCAAAGGGCGCGGAGAAGAAUGUAUCAGUCAAAAUCUACGGAUUCUGCGCGGUCACAGCGGCAAACUGGUGCUGCUCUUUUUCGCCAACUCACAGCGAAAAGAACGAAAACGAUAUGUGUCGAUUCCACUCAGCUGUAUAGAAAGCAUUACCCCUGGGAAAAAUUCCCGACGACCGGUGGUGCUACAACUCCAACCCAAUUUCGACAUCUUGUCCGAAAUGAAAACGCUCCAGAUCCAGUUUUUAGACGAUGAGGAUCAGAAGGCAUUCUGUCAAUUUCUGGCGGAAAAUGCCAAGUAA